UUUAAGCAGUUUAAUAAAACGUUCUGUGCUAAAAAUACUGAUCAAGAUUCUUUACAAAGAUCUAAAGAUGUCUUGAUCGAUCGAUUUAACGAGAACCUACAGAUUUACACAAGUCAAAUACAAAGUCAUCUUAAAAGUAAGGAUGAGUUUAAAUUUUAUAGAUAUCAAUAACGAGCACUCUCUUAUGAUUAGCAGAAAAUUUCAGAUAAAAUCAUACCUACUGAACAUCAAAAACAUAAAUAAAUGCAGGCAAAGUUAUACGUCUGUAGCGACUCGUGUUGUAUUUUAUCUCAUUAGCUGGGGACCAUCAUUAAUUAUACCGCUCUAAUUAUCUUUGAGAACAGCUUACACUCUCCCUGACGUGUACCGUAAGCCGUUUACCAUUGGUUUAAUUUACUUUAUUUACGUAUUUUAGAUAAAAUCUAUUACAUCACUUUUGGCAAACAAAGUGACUGCGGAAAGUAUCGUGGUUAGACUAAUCAGAGAGAUCAAAGAAUAGUUUCAAUGGUCUAGACGCUCUACCAAGAUAGCUAACACAGAAUUAUACAUUUACGUCUAUUUUGCAUGGUUGUAUUGAACACAAACAUUUUGUGACGUCAACGGCGGAUUAAACUUUCCCCUUAAUGAAGAGUGAUCUUUAAAGAUCGCUUUAUUUACUUUUACAAAUACUUUAGCGGUAAAUCCGUCUAGGUAAACUUUGUUAGUUACACGAAACUAAGAAAAUUAUUUAUUUAGUGUGAAAACAUUUACGCAGCUAUAAAAAAUAAAACAAUCAAUUUAGACGUGUUAUCGUGAAACUAAUAUCAACUGAAGUUAUUUAUUGGUUGUAAGUCAGUGAAUCGCUGAAGUGGAUGAUAAACAAACCGGCCACUCAAUAAGAUAACAAAUACAAUCACUAGUUUUACGUAAUACCUGACACGAGGUCAAUGCGGGCGCAUUGCCACCAGACUACAGACCACCCGCCACCCACUACUCAUGCGGGCGCUGACUGCCGCCGGCCGCGAUCUCGAGCAAUUGAUACAAAUUGCCGGCGCGAAUCUGUCGUCCCAGGCCGCAGCAAAACUGAUCAUUUUUAACGUUUAACCUUUUAUCCUGUUUCAAGUGCAAAAAUGGCUGAGAAAAGUUAUAUUUUGGGUAUGGACAUUGGCACGACGUCCGUCAAAGUUUGUGUAUAUGAUCCCAGCACAAAGGAAAUCGUCGCAAAACAAAAUAAGGAUACGGCAGCGAACAUACCAAGUGACCAGGGUAUUGAAGGCAACAAGCAAGACGUGCCAAAAAUAGUAUCAGCCGUUCAUUAUUGCAUCUCCCGACUUCCGAGAGAUCUAUUGCGAAAUGUCACAAAAAUUGGAGUGUGUGGACAGAUGCACGGCGUUCUCUUGUGGAGAAAUGGAGCCUGGGAGAAAGUGGAGAAAGACGGAGUAGUAGUGCGAUAUGAAGCUAAAAGGGAAAACAUGUCGGCGUUGUAUACCUGGCAAGAUACAAGAUGCAAGCCAGAAUUUUUAGAAUCAUUGCCAAAGCCCGAUUCGCACGUUAAUUGUUACUCUGGAUACGGAUGUGCGACACUGCUGUGGUUGCUUAAACACAAACCAGGCAAAUUAACCAAUUUCCAGUAUUCUGGAACUAUUCAAGAUUUUAUCGUCACCAUGCUUUGCGAUUUGGAGACCCCCAUUAUGUCCGACCAAAAUGCUACAAGUUGGGGAUAUUUUAACACUGUGAAAAAUGAGUGGAACAUCGAUAUUUUGAAUUCCGUAAACUUUCCAGUAAACCUUUUGCCUAAGAUUGUGAAGAGCGGAGAAUUCGCCGGUAAAUUAAAUGCUUCUUGGAAUGGGAUUCCCGAAGGAACGCCGGUUAGCGUCGCCAUGGGUGAUUUACAGUGUUCUAUUAUUGCUACACUGGAAAGUCAACAAGACGCAGUCCUAAACAUAUCGACGUCGGCUCAACUGGCAUUUGUGGUAAAUGAAAUGUCGGAUUUAGGCUGCAAAACUGUCGAACAUCUGCCAUAUUUCAACAACACGUAUUUAGUGGUUGCUGCAUCCUUGAAUGGCGGCAAUGUAUUAGCUACUUUUGUUAAAAUGUUGCAGCAAUGGAUGCUUGAGCUAGGCUUUCCUACUCCACAAGCCAAAGUAUGGGAAAAGCUUAUUGCCCUAGGUUUGGAAACGCAAACUAAAUCAAACAUGAAAAUUGUGCCACAUUUACUAGGCGAAAGACAUUUGCCAUUUACUAAAGCUUCCGUUGAAAAUAUUGAUCUCUCAAAUAUACAACUGGGUAGUGUAUUUAAAUCUCUUUGCGAUAGUUUAAUAGAAAAUUUACACACCAUGAUGCCUAAAGACAUAUUGCGUGACGCAAAAGUGAAGAGAAUUGUUGGAAACGGCUCAGGAUUAUCUAGGAAUGCAGUAUUGCAAAGAGCCGUGGAACAAUACUACAGUUUGCCCUUAGAGUUCACUUCAGGUGGAGAUGCAGCAAAAGGUGCUGCCAUUGCAAUUAUAUAAAGGUUAGACUAAGAACAUAUUUGUACAGCUAUAGAUUGCCUUUAAUAUACCGGUUUUAUCACUUAGUAAACACACAACAGAUUUCAAAUGUAGACCAUAAAUAUAUCAAAUACAAAUAUCAUUUAAGGAUAUUUCACAAGUGACUUUUAUAAUAAUAAUAUGUUUAUUUAUUUUUAAGUGCUUUUAUAAGUUCUGAAUACAAUACAUACAAAUAAGAGCUUCUUCUACAAUUACUUUUUAACUAUAUAUACCGUUUGACACAUCUCAUUAUUUUCUUUUAUGUUUGUAUAUUACAGUUUUAACAUUGAAUACAGGGUAAGAAUUUCUUGCCAUUGACAUUUUAUUAUACAAUAUUGAUUUACCUGUACGCUUAUAUGAGAUUGAAGAUGUUGAAUACCCAAUGCAACUGAUUUUAAGUGAAUGCAUUCUUUGUCUCUCAGUGUUACGCUGAAGCAGUAGACUUCAAAGGAUGUUUAGAGUUAAGUUUUAUUAUAAUUUAUUGCAUAUAACCUUUAUUGUUUUACUGGCUGGUUUCAUUUAUGACGAGAAUAAAAUUUAUUUUGUGUAUAUAUACAAUCUAUAUUUAAUAUCUAUAUUUAAUAUAGAUUGUAAACUUUUGUAUUGUCUGUAUUGAUGGUUUUAAAUAUCGUUUUCCUAGGUAUGUAUCAAAUUUGUGAGUUUUUUAUAAGCUUUUAAAUAUUUAUUUAAAUGUGCACCUUAUUUUCUGAGUAUUGGAGUUUUUAUCAUGAUUUUUUUGUGCUUUUUUCCGACCUAUAAUAUAAAUUAAAUGUUACGUAUCAUG